AUGGAGGCCGAAAGUGUAGUGAAGCCGGAGUAUAUUCUGGUGGUGAGGGAUUUCUUGGAGGUGUUUCCUGAAGAUGUUUUUGAGCUACCGCUUGAGAGGGAGAUAGAGUUUGCUAUCGACCUCAUUCCGGGAGCAAGCCCAAUUUCUGAUGCAGAUGUGCCUAAGACAACGUUCAGGACGCUGUAUGGUCACUAUGAGUAUUUGGUGAUACCGUUUGGGACUCAAGAAAAGCACGCCGAACACUUGAAGAUUGUCUUGGAAAUUCUGAAGGGGAGACAGUUGUAUGCGAAAUUCUCCAAGUGUGAAUUCUGGUUGUCAAAAAAUCAGUUUCUAAGGUAUGUGGUAUCGAAGGAAGGAAUCAUGGUAGACCUUGGAAAAGUAGAAGCAGUGGCUGAGUGGCCGAGGCCGACAAAUGUAACUAAGGUGCACAGUUUUCUCGGAUUGGCAGGCUAUUACAGGAAGUUCAUUGAGGGAUUUUUCAAGAUAGUGUUGCCCUUAACGAAGCUGACUAGCAAGGGAAAAGAGUUCAAGUGGACCAAGGGGUGUGAAGCUAGUUUCUUGGAGCUGAAAAUAAGAUUGACUUUGGUGCCAGUGUUAGCACUACCCGACCCAGAGCAAAAGUUUGAUGUGUAUUGUGAUGCGUUUGGACAUGGGCUGGGUUGUGUGUUGAUGCAGGACGGGCAAGUGGUAUGUCUCGAGGCAGUUACGCCCGCAUGA